GGACUAACAGCAGGUGUUGCAAUCCGCCCAAAAAAGAAGACGAAGAAGAAGAAGGAGAAGACGACGACGAAGAAGAAGAAACCUCCCCACUGCACAUUUUGAACUGCGUAGCGUCAGGGGCAUCUUACGUUGUGUUGGGCAAACACAAUCAACAUGGCAGAUGCUGCAAGCCUUGAUGAGGAGCCAAAGCAAGAGGAAUCUACUGCGUCCGUGAAGUCCGAAACCGAAGACACGUCCGAGGAGACACCUAAUGGCGUGAAAACGGAUGCUGAAGAAACCAAGCCCCCCAAAGAAAAGCACGAUGGUAAAGAGAAGUCAUCCGGGAGCCGACGAGGAAACCGUUACCAUCCCUACAAAGACAAACACAGUGGAGAAAAGAAGAGUGCUCAUAGGAACCGGGUGUUCAUCAGCAAUAUCCCCUAUGAUAUGAAGUGGCAGGCAAUUAAAGAUCUAAUGCGUGAGAAAGUUGGUGAGGUUACAUACGUGGAGCUCUUUAAGGAUGCAGAAGGAAAGUCAAGGGGCUGUGGUGUGGUGGAGUUCAAAGAUGAGGAGUUUGUGAAGAAGGCGAUAGAAACUAUGAAUAAGCAUGACCUGAGUGGAAGGCCACUGAACAUCAAGGAGGACCCUGAUGGUGAACAUGCUCGACGUGUGCUUCAGCGCAUGGGAGGAGGUCAACAGGGAGGUCGCGGGCAGGACAUGGGGCCUGGCGGGAUGAACAUCCCGCCCUCCAUUGCCAACAACCCUAACAUCCCACCUGACGUCAUCCAUGCUCUGCAGGCCGGACGACUUGGCAACACGGUGUUUGUAGCCAAUCUGGAUUUCAAAGUGGGCUGGAAGAAGUUGAAGGAGGUGUUUGGCAUGGCAGGUGUAGUGAAACGAGCAGAUGUCAAAGAAGAUAAAGACGGAAAGAGUCGCGGGAUGGGAACAGUGACUUUCGAGCAGUCGCUGGAGGCUGUGCAGGCCAUUUCCAUGUUCAACGGACAGAUGCUUUUUGACAGACAGAUGCAUGUUAAAAUGGAUGAGAAAUCUCUUCCCCCAGAUGAUUUCCGUCAAGUAGAAAAAUCACCUCAGUUACCACGUGGUCUAGGUGGUAUUGGCAUGGGACUGGGGCCAGGAGGGCAGCCUAUUAAUGCCAACCGUCUUAGCAGCGGUGGAGGAGGUGGAAUGGGCUCCAUGGGGCCUGGAGGUAUGGAUGUUCCAGGUUGUGGUGGAAUGAACAGACUUGGUGGAGGGAUGAGUGGAGGUGGGGGUGGUGGCGGCUUCGGGGGCAUGGACACCAUGGGCAACAUGGGCGGCUUUGGAGGGAGAGACAUGGCACCAGUUGGCAGGAUGGGAGAUAUGUACCGGUCAGGGAUGGGUGGAAUGGAUCGCGACUUUGGCCACAGUGACAUGUCAAUGAAUCGAGGAUUUGGGGAUUCUUUUGGUGGAAUGGGUGGUGGCUUUGGAGGAGGCAUGGGCAGUGGUGGCAUGGGGCACAUGGGGACUGGAUUAGGUGGUGGAAUGGGCAGCAUGUCGAUGGACCGGAUGGGCUCUGGUUUUGACCGUAUGGGCAUGUCAGGCAUGGACAUGAACCGUGGCUUUGGUGGCUACGGAGGCGGGGGCCACAUGGGUGGAGGCAUGUCUGACAGAGGCUCCGGCUCCAAAGGAGGCUGUCAGAUCUUUGUGCGAAACCUGUCCUAUGAUCUGACAUGGCAAAAGCUGAAAGAGAAGUUCAGUCACUGUGGCCAGGUGAUGUUCGCAGAGAUCAAGAUGGAGAACGGGAAGUCAAAGGGCUGUGGAACUGUGAGAUUCGACUCUCCAGAGAGCGCCGAGAAAGCCUGCAGGAUGAUGAAUGGAACGAAGAUCAAUGGCCGAGAGGUGGACGUCCGCAUUGAUCGCAACGCUUAGAGCUUUUGUAGAAGUCCUGCUAACACACUUCCACAUUCAGCCCUUUUGCCAAUGAUCUUUUGUUUUGUUUUAAAAACACAGUUACUUCAUAUCUCCAUGUGUCCACAGUUUCAUUUUUUUUCUUUUUGUUUAUAUAUACUACAUAGCUCUUUUAUUCUGUUUUUGUAAAC